GUCGUCACUGCUGCGACACUUGCGGUGUGUUAGCUGUUAGCUGCGUUAGCUCCGUGGACCGUCGCGUUUGUCCCGAGUAAAGCCGAAUAAAGCCGCUCUGUCCCGGUCACACGCACCAUGGCCGCCGCGGGGACCCAGAGGAAGCGCCUCCUGAAGGACGAAGACAUGACCAAGGUGGAGUUUGAGACGAGCGAAGAGGUGGACGUGACCCCCACCUUCGACACCAUGGGCCUGAGAGAGGACCUGCUGCGCGGCAUCUACGCCUACGGUUUUGAGAAACCGUCUGCGAUCCAACAACGAGCCAUAAAACAAAUCAUCAAAGGACGAGACGUCAUCGCACAGUCUCAGUCUGGAACUGGAAAAACCGCCACGUUCUGCAUCUCCGUCCUGCAGUGUCUCGACAUCCAGGUGAGGGAGACCCAGGCUCUGAUCAUGGGUCCGACACGGGAGCUGGCGGGGCAGAUCCAGAAGGUUCUGUUGGCUCUGGGAGACUACAUGAACGUUCAGUGUCACGCCUGCAUCGGCGGCACCAACGUGGGCGAGGACAUCCGCAAACUGGACUACGGCCAACACGUGGUCGCCGGAACGCCAGGGAGAGUGUUCGACAUGAUCCGGCGCCGCAGCCUCAGGACCAGAGCCAUAAAGAUGUUGGUGCUGGACGAAGCCGACGAGAUGCUCAACAAAGGUUUUAAGGAGCAGAUCUAUGACGUGUACCGGUAUCUUCCUCCUGCGACUCAGGUGGUUCUGAUCAGUGCGACUCUGCCCCACGAGAUCCUGGAGAUGACCAACAAAUUUAUGACUGACCCCAUCCGCAUCCUCGUCAAACGUGACGAGUUGACCCUGGAGGGCAUAAAGCAGUUCUUCGUGGCCGUGGAGAGAGAGGAGUGGAAGUUUGACACUCUGUGUGACCUUUACGACACGCUGACCAUCACCCAGGCCGUCAUCUUCUGCAACACCAAGAGAAAGGUGGACUGGCUGACGGAGAAGAUGCGUGAGGCGAACUUCACGGUGUCGUCGAUGCACGGAGACAUGCCCCAGAAGGAGAGAGAGUCCAUCAUGAAGGAGUUCAGAUCAGGAGCCAGUCGUGUUCUGAUCUCCACAGAUGUUUGGGCUCGAGGUCUCGACGUUCCUCAAGUUUCACUGAUCAUCAACUACGACCUCCCCAACAACCGAGAGCUGUACAUACACAGGAUUGGUCGUUCCGGUCGUUAUGGCAGAAAGGGCGUGGCCAUAAACUUUGUGAAAAACGACGACAUCAGAAUCCUGCGAGACAUCGAGCAGUACUACAGUACUCAGAUCGACGAGAUGCCCAUGAACGUGGCCGACCUGAUCUGACCCCUGACCCCUGUGGGCGGAGUCUGUGUGAAGUGGGCGUGGCCUGUGGGCGGAGUUGUUGGGGCGGAGUCUUGUGGUGUGGGCGUGGCCUGUGGGCGGUGUCAUUGUGGAGUUCUGUUUCUAAAUGUUUCUUUUUAUUUCUAUUUUAAACUUUUAUUUGAACAGAAAUGUUUUGUAAAUAAAGCCUCAGUUUGAAGCA